AUGAGCUGCAUUAGGUGUUGUUUGUAUAAUACGAGAUCUUUAGUAUCUGCGAAUCAUGUUACACAUCAUGUGCAAAAAAUAGUACGAGUUGUCGCAACAAGAUCAUUAGCAACAACUAGUGUGUUAUCAAAGGCACCUAGUGAACCAACACCACCUAAUAAAGACAUUGGUAAUAGCGCGGGAAGUAAUGGAAAUGGAAAUGGAAAUGGAAAAGGAGGUGGCGGAAAAAAAAAUACCUUGACAUGCCCAAAGUGUGGGGAUCCUUGUACACAUGUUGAAACAUUCGUAUCGUCAACGAGAUUCGUGAAAUGCGAAAAGUGUUCCCAUUUCUUUGUGGUACUGUCGGAAAUAGACUCAAAAAAAAGUCUCAAAGAAACAACAAGAAGUGAUGAUUCCAAACAAGGAUUUUAUCGGAAACCACCACCUCCUCCAAAAAAGAUAUUCGAGUACUUGAAUAAGCAUGUAAUAGGUCAAGAAUAUGCUAAAAAAGUUUUGAGUGUAGCAGUAUACAAUCAUUAUAAGCGUAUUCACAAUAAUCUUCCACCUCAGAACUCAGUGCAAGCCAGUUCAAGUCAAGUUGGACCUCAAGAGCUCAACUACCCGUUUACUCACAGAGGUCUUAAACCGCAUCUACUUCACGUAUCAAGCUUGGGGAAUCCAUUAAGUGUUGGUUUUCAAAAUCCAUCAAGUAAUAAUGAUCAGCAAAAAGCAAAUGCAAACCAAUCAGUUCCUGGUUCAGAUAUUUUAGACAGUACACAACAUCAAUUAAAAUUGGAGAAGAGUAAUAUUCUACUCUUGGGUCCGACUGGAUCAGGAAAAACCUUAUUAGCGCAAACAAUAGCCCAGUGUUUGGAUGUACCCUUUGCAAUUUGUGAUUGUACAACUCUCACUCAAGCUGGGUACGUUGGUGAAGAUAUUGAGAGUGUAAUAGCUAAAUUACUUCAAGAUGCAAAUUAUAUUGUUGAAAGAGCGCAAAUGGGUAUCGUAUUUUUGGAUGAAGUAGAUAAAAUUGGCGCGGUACCCGGAAUUCAUCAGUUACGUGAUGUUGGUGGUGAAGGUGUACAACAGGGUAUGUUGAAAAUGUUGGAAGGUACUAUUGUCAAUGUACCAGAAAGAAAUAGUUCUCGUAAAUUACGUGGUGAUACUUUGCAAGUUGAUACAACAAAUAUAUUAUUUGUUGCGUCUGGUGCUUAUAACGGCCUUGACAGACUUGUAUCACGACGUAAAAACGAAAAGUAUCUAGGCUUUGGUGCUGCACCAGCUACUGAAAGUCCAGGUAGAAGAGCAGCAACAUUAGCUGAUAUUGCCAAUAUGUCUCCAUCAACUGAAGAUGAUAAUAAAGAAAAAGAUAUUUUAUUGAGACAAGUUGAAGCGCGAGAUCUGAUUGAUUUUGGAAUGAUUCCCGAGUUUGUCGGAAGAUUUCCCAUUUUAGUACCUUUCCACACACUUGACAGAAAAAUGCUUGUAAGAAUUUUGACUGAGCCUAACAAUGCAAUGGUUCCACAGUACCAAAUGUUGUUCUCAAUGGAUAAGGUUGAUUUGACAUUUACGAGUGACGCUCUGGAUGCUAUAGCAGCACUUGCAAUGGAUCGGAAGACAGGAGCUCGAGGACUACGUGCGAUCAUGGAAUCUCUUCUUUUAGAACCUAUGUUUGAUGUUCCUGGCAGCGAUGUUCUGACGGUUCACGUUACUGAAGGAUCUGUUCGAGGUACAGACAAACCUCAGUAUAUUAGAAGAGGUGGUGAUUCAACUGAAGAAGAACAACAACAAGCACACGCACAACAUGUGAAUAAUUGA